GCCAGGGCAAACGCUCAACUCCCCUCCCUUGAUUGAUCGGAUUGUUCCUCAUGCAGUCAUUCCUUUCAAGACCCGCUCCUUCCACGCUGUCGUUAUUCUUGCUGUCCCCGUUCUAAGCUUUGCACCAACACUUCAGGCACCAGAGAUCAUUGUUAACAGUUCGCGCGUAUUCAGAGCAACCAACGCGUCCCGUCAACAAGGCUUCUAGAAAUAUCAACCUCUGCAAGGCUUCUUCAUAUCGAACUCGUGUUAUCAUUGCGAGAAACAGCUCUCGGAGGCGGGCGAACUUUUCACGGAGUUAUGUUUUCAUCUGAUCGAGAAGUCAUUUCGAAGAAAUGACAACGGAGCGCGUCAAAUUAUCGCCAAAACUGCCAAUUGGAUGUUGGACCAGCAAGCUGUGAGGAAAAACCUGCUUCUCCCUCAAGAUGAUGAGUCGUAUUUACAGCCACAACCUUGCUCGUCCGGAAAGGAGGUUCGCGCGCCACUUAGUCGGGGAUUUCACUUUUGCACUACAAAGCAGCGAAACUCGGCAGAAAAUAGUGCUCGAACGGAAUAUUACCCAAAUCCUGGAUCAUCAUCAGAAAAGGUGUACUAAGAAACCCGAGGCUGGAAUUUCGACAAACGUUUGCCAAAUCCCCACGCAAGGAUCUAGAAACGCGACAUCGGAGACAUCGGCUGGGCCUGCAGAAGCCAACGGCGUGGUGUCCAGCAGUAUUCAUUCUUCAGAAGAGCCAUUAGCGGCACAUUCGAGUCUACCAGUCAUGCCGAGCUCUGCACAAACUUCCCUGCAAGACAGGAGAAACCCAACAGAGCGGAAGACACGUCGGAGCCUUCGGGGAUUCUCCGACAAAGUGUACGAAGAGCCUGACGCUGAGUUGACGCUAGAUUUGAGCAAUAUCAGAAAGAAACUCAACUUCAAAAACAAUGCACACGAUGAUGGCGAACGGCCCUCUAAACGGCAGAAGCGUGAAACGAUCAAAUGCCAGUGCUAUCUGACCGUAUGGGACAAUCGCGAUGGUUACAACAUCGCACCACUUGUCUCAAAAUCCGAGUACUGCUACGUCAGUCCCAGAGAAAUUGAGCCCAAUGGUUUCUUUGUGGAUGUCGAACUAGAAAAGCCGUUCAGCAUCAGGGCCAGUGAACUAAAAGUGUCUGUUUUGGUGAGAAAUGAGGAGAUUUUCGCCCUGAUAGAUAAUUAUUUUCUGGAGCUCAAGAUCAUUCCAUGCAGGUCUGAUAGCCGGUGGCCUCCCAUACCUCUACUGGGCAAAAGCGACGGCGAUCACUUUGCGCCGGAUAUCAAAAGGAAUGGCGCAGAGGUGCUACAAGGCGCGGUGGUUGCGAGAUAUACGCACUUACCGCAAGCCCCAGAAGCUGACACUGCCCUCAGUGUGUUUUUCUUGCAUGAGGGACGCACUUACAGAACAAAAUACGGUCUUCAGGUUGACUCAAUCUGGCAAAAGUCAAGUUCUAGAUCAAGUACGACGAGGCGUCGUCCCGAUGGCCUCGAUCUAGAUUUGUUUCGAACGCCUGAACAAAAAGCUUCCAAUGCUGACCAAGAAACAAAUGCUCUUGAGUCGGAACGAAGCAACUCAACUCUGGCCAAGCUGUCUACAAACGGUAUCAGUGGCUCAGCAGUUAGUGGGUUCCAUAACGGCUUGAAGAGUCGCACAGACGGUGCGGAUGCCACCGUUGUUGAGCACCCCGAAGUGUGCUACGAUUUCUGCUCGACCGUGGAACAAAAAUUUCGCUAUGCAACAGUGAAGGGCUACCGAUGCCCACUGUGCGCAAUCUGGAAGACCUCGAAGCUGGACCGCCUGGUUUUUCACCUUUCGACGAUGCACGCCAAGUACAGUUUCCAACUACAAAGGCCACAGCGCGAUCCCGUCAGCAAAGAGCUAACUCACAUUCAAAUCAAGGUUAAUCACCCGCCAACAGUGAAGAAGGGAGACGAACAUGUUAUAGCUUGGGAGGCGCCACCGAAACCUUUCAAUCUACCUGCUUAUGCAAAUGGCGAUCGUGACUGGGUUGGUUCGACAGAAACCAAGAAGCAAAGCCCGGAAGGAUCCAGAGGAACUCUUCAGUCGGCGCAUCAACCUUUGCCACUCCCCAAGCCAGCGACUGCAAUCCCUGACUUCCGCACACCGCGGCGGAAGAAGUUCAAGGCUGUUAAAUUAUUGUCGAAAUACGGGGAGCAGGAAUUGGUCCACACGUCGAUUAGCCAUCGACCUGUCUCUCCGAGUGAAGAUGGUCGGUCCGAGACCGAGGAUGAGAUUGAUAACGAAUGGCAGGUAGAGCUCCAUAUGGAAAGAUUGGAUUUUGAAGGCCGGCGCGGUGGCUGGACCGAUUGCGAGCGAGAUUUGUAUAAGAGAUGGGACCGACAUCGGAUGGAAGAACAACUCGAACAUUCCAGGUAUCUUCCAAACUCCCUCGUGCGAUUCGCGCGUAAGCAUCGAGCAUGGCUCAAACAUGGCAAUGAGGAGCUUCUGGAAGUGUUUUUGGAUUUCUUGGACCGACUCAAACAACACGCCACCAUUGAUGAUGAUACGAUCUGUGAGGUGAAUGCACUAAUAUUCCGAGCUUCGCCUCCACCCGAGUCGUCCAGGCAGGCUGGUCACAAUGGGACUUUGAGGUCACAGACCCCGACGCGGAGAAGCAGCCGCCAUCUCAAGGCAGAUACGUCAAAGAGCGAUACCCCACAAUCUCAGAAUCCACCUACACCGGGGGUCCAACAUCAUGAACGGCUGCAACCCAGUAUAGAUCGAACGUUAAGGUGUGGCCAUUGCUCGACACCCGUUCCGCGAGCCAGAAAGAGCGCUGUAUACUGUGUAGACCCGGAAUGUGAGACCCCGGGGAUAACAUAUCACAUCAAUUGUGCCGAAGAAGCUGUCGGGUGGAAGCCUCGACGCAAAGGGAAAGGAAAAAGAAAAACGAAUGGCCCUGAAACAGGGGCAGAAUUGGUAACUGGGCUCGGCGUACAGGACCGGUCCAGCUUGGAACUAUCAACUUGGUGCUGCCCACCUUGUACAAGGAGGCGAAAAGAUCUACAAAAGGAAAAUGAACUUGCUGCGUCGGCGGCAGAAGCUGGAGGGACUCGAAAUGAUACUGUAUGAUCUGAUCUUUUGCCGGGAGGGGGGGACUGGCUGAUAUUUACUUUUACCAAGUGUGGCCAUCAAACAUGCAUUUUAAUGAGCGAGGAGAGAAGGGUAGUGGGAGCGCAAGGCGUGAGGAAAGGCCAUAGCGAGUCAAGUAUUGGCAUUUGGUCCACGCUGGGCACAUGAGCAUGGGAAACAUGGCGAAGGGCGGCUGGAUGAUAUGGAGUCUCAAGUUGACAAGAGCGCGCGCAAGACUAUAUCAUCUUUUUUUUUUGAAGCUGUAACAAUAUAUAGAUCUGCAAAUCGUCGAUCUCGAGGAGCUUUCGCUGUCACAAAAAGGGUCGAUCUGGACAAUGUUACUUUGGCUAUCUGUUCAGACCAUUUUUUGGGGAGGUAUCUAUAGCAGAUUUCUACAACGAAAAGAUCUAUACCUGAGCUUAUGUCUCGACAGCGGUGACAGGGGCAUUCAGAGAUUAGACUGAUGAUUCCUUUUUAAGAAAG